AUGGACUGCAGCGCGCAUCACGAAGGCGCCGCUCGGCGCUCCUCGCGAAGGAGGAGCUCAAGUGCUGGAAGAAUGCACAGGAGAGAUUCGAAUUUGAGCACUGCAAGCAUAGUCAGUGAUGUUGAGAUGUCGACCACCGACGUGUUUUCUGGGCCCGUAUCAGAAUCAGUGCCCUCCUCGGUGACGGGAUUCGCAUACAGGGUACCCAGAAGGCGAGCAGGGUCGAUCAGUUCAUUCACAUACUUUACGGAACAAGAGCAAGAAGUGCCGAGUGUGUUCUCAGACGAAGAGGCUGUCGAGAGCGACGAGGAGCAGGGCCACAUACCCCAUGAAGACCGAGACUUGGAAGCUGGCCUUGAGCCUACCACCUCCCACCGCAAGAGUUCAAGCCGAUACCGGUCAUCGUCUGACCAGCCGCUUCUUUAUAGACACGAUUCAGCUAGAAGCGACACCCAGAAACACGAGGAUGGCGGCAACUUUAGUCAAAAACUAUACAUCGAGAAUGAGGAUCUGACGAUGGCCAUAGCUGGAUUUACCACUUCCACUAUCGGCUAUCUGACUUAUAUGGCUAUCUGUGUCUUCACCGCGGGCAUCGGGUAUCUGGUCUUUCGCUGGAUGCCUCGAUGGCGCAUAUCUCUUGUUGGAUCUCCAUCACCCCUCAGAAAGUGCUCUUGGGUUGUCGUAGAGAAUCAAUGGGGUGAAUUUACUGUUCAUUAUGUGGUGUCAGACGAUUAUGGCCAUCCAAUGUCAACUGUUUUUACGCGUUCCGGGAAGGAAAAGCUGAAUGGCUAUCGAUAUGACAACGAUGCAGAGUUGCGGCGCCUGCGAUACCUUGAUUAUAGAUACAUGAGGCUCUUGUAUUACCCCGUUGAAGAUAAAUUUGUCUUGAACAACGACUGGUGGGAUCCGCAAUGGGUGUCGGUGAAAGCUCUUCGGGAGGGCCUAGACACUGAAGAAAGAGAUCCGAGAGAUCAAGUUUUUGGCAAGAAUAUGAUCGAGAUCCAGCAGAAGACGAUUCCAGAGCUACUUCUUGACGAGGCUUUUCACCCCUUUUACAUCUUCCAGGUGGCCAGUCUCAUCCUCUGGUCAUUGGAUGAAUACUACUACUAUGCCGCAGCAAUCUUUGUUAUUUCAGUGUUCUCCAUCACCACCACGGUUGUAGAGACUCGUUCGACAAUGCGGCGACUCAGGGAAAUCUCGCGCUUUGAAUGCGACGUUCGCGUUCUCCGCAAUAGCUUUUGGCGGUCCGCUCUUUCAAGUGAACUCGUUCCUGGCGACGUAUACGAGGUCUCCGAUCCUUCUCUCUCACAGCUUCCUUGUGACAGUCUGCUCCUCGCAGGCGAUUGUAUCAUCAAUGAAAGCAUGCUGACUGGUGAAUCUAUUCCUGUGUCAAAAAUUCCCAUCACCGACGAGGCUCUGCCGUACAUUGACCUCGGUGCAACAUCAAUUCAUCCAAGUGUGGCUCGCCAUUUCCUGUUCUGCGGCACGAAAAUCAUCCGUGCAAGGCGCCCGCAAGAUACCGAAGACGACGAAGCUGUGGCGCUUGCGAUGGUGGUCCGUACUGGCUUCAACACAACCAAAGGUGCCCUUGUACGAUCCAUGCUUUUCCCUAAGCCGUCAGGCUUCAGGUUCUACCGUGACUCUUUCCGAUACAUUUCCGUAAUGGGCAUCAUCGCGGCAGUCGGGUUCAUUGCAUCAUUCAUCAAUUUCGUCAAGCUCGGUCUGGCCUGGCACUUGAUCAUUGUCAGGGCCUUAGAUCUUAUUACAAUCGUGGUGCCUCCCGCUUUGCCGGCCACUUUAACUAUCGGAACGAAUUUCGCCUUAGGUCGACUCAGAAAACAACAGAUUUUCUGCAUCAGCCCACAAAGAGUGAAUGUCGCCGGCAAACUGGAUGUUGUCUGUUUCGAUAAGACGGGAACUUUGACCGAGGACGGCCUUGACGUUCUUGGUGUACGACUUGUACAACAUCCGGAAAUACGCUUUGGGGACAUUCUAGAGGAGGCGCGUGAGCUUCUACCUCCAGCUUCCUACGACCGUGAUCCGACGGUCGACUAUCGAGUCAACAAAAACAUGCUCUACACAAUGGCUACUUGUCACUCCCUUCGGCUGGUCGAGGACGAGCUCAUUGGCGACCCACUUGAUCUCAAAAUGUUUCAAUUUACCGAGUGGUCAUUCGAAGAAGGUUCCCGUAGCACCAGCCAUUUUAUCGAGCCUGGAACGCAACAAACGGCACCAAGCGUGGCACGUCCUCCACAUGGCUUUGAGUAUGAUUUGGAAGAUUCUCAAGACAACGACAACCCAGUCCGCGUCGAACUGGGGAUCUUGCGGUCGUUCGAAUUCGUUUCGCAUCUGAGGCGCGCCAGUGUUAUUGUGCGGCAGCACUGUGAUCCCGGUGUCAAUAUCUACGUCAAAGGCGCACCAGAAGUCAUGAAGGACAUCUGCACUGCAUCAAGCAUUCCUGACGACUUCGAUGAUCUGCUUAACUACUACACCCAUAAAGGUUUCCGAGUCAUCGCUUGUGCCUCGAAAUACAUUUCAAGAUUCAGCUGGGACGAUGUCCAGAACAUGGAACGGUCUGAAGCCGAAUCACGGCUUUCGCUAAUCGGCUUCAUCAUUUUUGAAAACAAGCUCAAGGAAAUCACCACCGCGGUCAUCGAAGAACUGAACGAAGCCAAAAUCCGCAAUGUCAUGUGUACAGGAGACAACAUCCUCACUGCUAUCAGCGUGGCGAGAGAAUGUGGCAUCAUUGAUCGUAAUGCACAUUGCUUUGUGCCUCAUUUUAUUGAGGGUGACAAGAUGGAUGCACAGGCACGGAUCAGCUGGGAAAGCGUUGACAAUCAAAUCUAUCAGCUUGAUGAGCAUACAAUGCUCCCUCAGCCGUUGCCAGCCGAGGACGACAACGCGGCUCCAUACGACGCAAUCGCUAUUGGCGAUUAUACCCUGGCAGUGACUGGAGAUGCUUUCCGCUGGAUAAUCGAUUUUGGAUCCACAGAGGCGGUGCAGCGGAUGCUCGCCAAAGGAGCAGUCUUUGCUCGAAUGUCUCCGGAUGAAAAGCACGAACUUGUUGAAAAGCUACAGAGUAUCGACUACUGCUGCGGAUUUUGUGGGGACGGCGCAAAUGAUUGCGGUGCACUUAAAGCUGCAGACGUCGGUAUCUCACUUUCGGAAGCCGAGGCAUCGGUCGCUGCGCCAUUCACCAGUCAUAUAUUCGAUAUUUCCUGCGUACCAGCUCUGAUCAAGGAAGGUCGUGCAGCUCUGGUGACCAGCUUCUGCUGCUUCAAGUACAUGAGCCUGUACUCGGCCAUUCAGUUCACGUCUGUAAGUUUCCUCUACGCAUCGGCAUCGAAUCUGGGAGAUUUUCAGUUCCUCUUCAUCGACCUUGCGUUAAUCUUGCCACUGGCAAUAUUCAUGGGCUGGACGGGUGCAUAUCCAGUCCUGAGCAAGAAGCGUCCUACGGCAAGCCUUGUGUCACGAAAGGUCUUAACCCCGCUACUUGGUCAGAUCUUGCUUUCGGUCCUCGUGCAACUGGGUGUGUUCGAGACUGUUCAGAACCAACCAUGGUACAUACCGCCGCGACUGGACAAAGAAAAAUCCAAUGUCGAUAAUUCUCAAAACACCGCCUUGUUCUUGGUGUCCUGCUUCCAGUAUACGCUUUCCAGUGUUGUUCUAAGUGUUGGGCCGCCAUUUCGACAAUCACUGGCGACGAAUGUGCCCUUCUGUGUCACGAUUGUGACAGCGCUACUGAUUUCCCUAUAUAUGCUCCUCGACCCGGCUAAAUGGGUGGCGGAUUUCAUGGAUCUGACGGAGAUGUCAGUGGAUUAUAAAGGUUUCUUGCUGGUGUUGGCGAUGGCUGGGUUCGCCGUUGCCUAUCUGGCAGAGCAGUAUAUCUUUCCUCUCCUGGCGAAAUACAUUGGGCGGCUCAAGCUGAGGCUGAGGCCCGGCCACCCGAAAAAGAGAAAGCAGUAUAAGAUUAUUGCGGAGGAAAUCCAGGCGAGUACAUAG